AUGAAGAUUUAUGAAGAUGCGAAGUCAAGGAAAUCAAAGGCUCUCACAUGUCUUUAUUCAGCACUUUCAGAUAUGAUUUUCACAAAAAUAAUGACUUGUGAAAAACUUAAAGAAGCAUGUGAGAAGUUAAAAGAGGAGUUCGAUGGAAGUGAUAGAGUGAAGAUUGUCAAACUCUUAACUCUCAAAAGAGAAUUUGAGAUGUUAAGGAUGAAAGAAGGAGAUACUGUGAAAGAGUAUUCUGCCAAACUUGUGGAAAUUGUAAACCAAAUUAGGUUGUUGGGUGAAACCUUUUCAGAUUCAAAGGUGGUGGAGAAGAUGAUGAUAAGCUUACCAUCAAGGUUCGAGUCCAAGAUUUCAGCAAUAGAGGAAUCUUGUGAUUUGAAGACUUUAUUAGUUGCAGAACUGAUCGGCAAGUUACAGGCCCAAGAACAAAGAUCAAGUAUAAGUAUAAGAGAUGGAGAAGUAGCAGAAGUGGCAUUUCAGGCACAACAUAAAGGCAAGCAGCCUGUGAAGGACAAUAGAAGGAUGGAAAGAGAUACAGUAGCAGAGAGAAAACCAUGGAAGGAAUCUUCAAAGAAAGGAAAGUUUCCACCUUGUAGCCACUAUAAAAGAACCAAUCAUCAAGAAAAAGACUGUUGGUUCAAAGGAAAGCCAUCCAUUCAGUGUAGAUUUUGUAGAAAUAUGGGUUAUAUUGAGAAAAAUUGCAGGGUCAAGCAGAAUAAACCACAAUAA